AGACUAUCAAACCAAUGAGGUUAAUUUUGCGUUCGUUCUUCGAAGCGAGUUUUUCUCCACAUCAGCUCAAUUAAAAAAUUGUAUAUACUUGAUCGUGUAAGCGCGAGUGUGUCGCCUCGACAAGUUAAAUCGUCGAGCAACUUUUACAUUUCGAUUAUCAGCAAGUUUUGUUUUGUUUUGUUUUGUUUUGUUUUCAAUUUUGUGCGCGAUUCAUUUAUUUUUGGAUUUUCAAUUUCCAAACGGGCUUCACAGCGUGUGAUUGCUUCGUUUUAUGGCCACAGUGUGAUUUUGCUAAGCGUAUUGAUUGGACCGAAACAGUUUUUUUUUAAAUUCAUAUCAAUAUUUGGCAGAGAAACAUCGUGAAGUAAUUCGAGAUAUAAUUUCAAUUGAGUGGCAAACAUUUUCGUUGGAAUAUUUGGCAGUGAAAAGAUAGUAGAAUUUAUAUCAACGGUGUCAACGACCAGCGUUCAUUUUUAUAUGAUUAUUUUCUAAAGAUUUUAGUUUCAAAUCGCUCAACCGUGAGCAUGAUCGUCACAAUUGGAUAUCGAUACAGGUGGAACCGCGAAAUUGUGAUUGCCUCAGAAAAGCUUGUAAAAAGAGGUCUCAAUUAGCACGUCUACAGUUGUCGCUUUGAAUGAUUGAACACAUGCACACUCUCAAUAAAUAAACAAUUGCCGGUUCACCCCAAGAAAGAAAAAAACUCAUCAGGAAAAUUUCUAAACGAAAAAAAAAAAAAACAAUAAAUAGUUCCGACCAUAACGGAAAAUAAAAUCCUUGAUAGCUAAUCAAAAAAAAAAAACUACAGUACCCUGAACUAGCAUCGUAUCAGUGAAAUCAGAAAUCUGCUUUAAAAAGCACUAAAUUAAAACCAUUCAAUUUCCUGAAUAAACAAAGACAACGACGACAACUGUUCGAUUGAAAUACACGUAGACGCAGUGACAAGCAAUUUAUCGAUCAACUGCUUGUGUAAUCACAAAUUUUUCGUAAACACCGUAUCAACUCUCGACACAAAAAAAAACACCGACCAAUUAUUGGAUCGGACACAAAAAAAAUAAGAAAGCAGAAAAAAGCGCCCAAAAAAUUCGAAAAACAACUAUAAAUUAUCCUAAAGAGAAAAUUAGUCUGUGAUUGUUGUUUGCUGUGCAAAACCUGUUUUUUACAUAUAAACGCAGAGAAAAUCGACGAAACAUUCGACCAGCGAACUUAUUGCCGAAAUUUACCACGAACUAUUACGGCAAAUAUUUCGACGAAGCUGCUAAGACAAAUCGAUAUCGACAAAAGUACACACAUCAGACGCCAACUAUAUAUCUUAUAUUCGUCGCACCGCGUGGACACAUUUUAUUUACAUAAUAUACUUAAUUGUAAGGAAGAAGUCAUAAACCAAGUCACAAAUACGAUCUCAACGAGAUAGUGAGUGAACAGGAGCGCACAGAUAACCGCAAGGCCUAUUAAAAUUCAUUAUUCAAAAAAACAUCGAGACAAUUCGAAUUCUCAUCCCAAAUGAGCUCGUACAUGUUAUUUCAUUAUGAUCAAUGGCUGGAGCAGCCCAUCAAUGUGCCGUUGGAUGAAUACGCACCAGUACAGGAUGCUCGUAUUUGUCCUGUGAAAGGUAACACGGCCCAGCUACUGAACGAAUUCAAUCAAGUCUACGAUGCGGUUGAAUUAAUUCAUUUGACACCACCGGAAACACCUCCUCAAACACCGCCUCAAACUCCGUUGCAAGCCUAUCUCAACGAUUCAAAGAAUCAAUUCUAUCCGCAACCUAUUACAAACUAUCAGUUGCAAUAUAACCAACCAUACCAACAACAAUGCAAACCAACAGACGUAAGGCCAACUACUGUCAACUACUCGUCGCCGUCAAUAACAGCACAGCAAUUCCCAUCAAUUUUGGAGCAAGCAAUAACUCUUGUGCAGCAAUCGAAUUUGUGUGAAGAUAUUGGAAAUUGCGACGAUGAAAUGGCACAGGUCGAAGCUUUGGUGCGUUCACGUGCCGAAGAUUUGGUUGAAAGUUCCAUCGACGAUGACAGUUCGUUGUGCGGUUCAUCUUCAUGCUUUUCACCGCGCAGCGAAACAUCAUCAAGCGCCACCGAUGAUUCGGAUUGGACAAUGCAAACCAGUUCGGUCAUCGCAAUGGCAUUAAAGAACAAACAAACCAAACAAAAGCGUAAGCCACGAAUAAAUCGUCGAUCAGUUGAAGAUCGUCAAUCACGUAAAAAAGAGCAAAAUAAGACCGCUGCCAAUCGUUAUCGCCUCAAGAAGAAGGCCGAAAUUGAAAUCUUGCUGGACGAAGAACGUGAAUUGAUCAAACAAAACGACAGAAUGAAAUCGCAGUACAAAGAUGUUAGCCGUGAAGUUAAGUACAUCAAAAGCCUUCUUCGUGAUCUCUUCAAGGCAAAAGGAUUACUUGACUAAUCACACGACAAAUAUACAAAUGAAAAUUGCAUUGUUAGUAGUAUCGGUAGCUUAAGUUGGUGGCAUCCCAAUAUAUGCAUCGACUCAUCUGUGCACAAUUUAAAUUCUAUUUUUUUUUUCGUACACAUGCACGAGACGGUGAACACGUAUAUUUGGAGAAAGUAAUGAUUUAAGAAUUAAUUAUCUGUAGCAAUUACAUCAAGAAAAAAAAAUCAAUAACAAAAAAGUAACAAUAGAGAGACAAGAUUUAUUCAGCAAUAAUUAAAUAAUCGUUUGGUCUUCAUUUGCGAAGUUUAUCUUUAAGAAUAUAAUAUUAACAACAUGUUUUUUGAUUUAUUACUAGCAUUAAGAAUGAUUUUUAUUUCUUACACACGGUGAGAGGAGACGCGUACGAAUGGCUUAUAUAUCUGAUGUGAAAACAGCGACAGCACAAAGAUAAAUACCAUCACAUUCUUUCAAUGAUCGCAAAUGAUUUUAGAACAUGCAAACUCUGUGGAUUAAUUUUUUCUUUUGUUUACCAUCAAAAUCAAAAUGCUGGCUAUUUUUUUUAUGUAAAAGACUCCUUGUUUUGAUACAAAUACAAAAAAAAUGCUAAAAAU